GUGGUAGAGGUUUUAUGUGUAACUUGAUUGAUAAUGUCAUGUGACAAUAUCACAUGACCUACUGAACAGUACUUGUUUACGUUUUUGUUCAUACUGUUCGCCUUAGAAGUAUUGCAUAUUUCUUUUAUUACUGGUGUGGAAAUAAGAGAUACGAGUUAAAAAUCGGCACUGUUGCUUUUGUAUUCACUUGAGUAAAUCAUGCUAUACAUUACUAUGAACUUAAGGUGUAAGUUAUUAUUAAUAAUAAUAUUAUUAUACCUAUAAUUUUAUAAUUAAAUAUAAAUUAUUUAAAUUUAAUUUACUGAACUGAUAGUUAGUCACUGGGAUGUUAAAGUUGAUGUUACAAGUUACUUACAUUACGAGUUGAAUUAAUACUCACUCAAGAGUGACAAGAGUCCAGCUAGAGAUUAGACCUUCCUUAAUCCAUAGCCUAUAAUAUAAUAUAUAUUAUAUGCUAUUUAUAAAUUUAUAAGUAUAAGCCUUAUCCGAAGUCAGGUCCCAAAUUAAUUUGUAUGAAAUAAAUUGCAAUGUACUGCACAGUGUGUAUUGUUAGAAUACAGCAGAAAUGUCAGUCAUAGCUUUUGCAAGUAACUGUCACUUUACAAACCAGUCAGUGAAUACUAAAUGUUGUAAUUGGGGCAUAUCAUUUGCAAAUAGCAACCGAAAACAUUCUGCUUGUUACUGUUGCCAGUGUUGUGCCACAAAAGGCCCCUAAGUAUCUGGCAAACAGACUUCAACUAGCCUUUACUAGCACCACUCUGAUAGCAGAGUUAACGUUUCACUUCCAUCCAAUGUCCUGCAAUAGUUUCUGUGUGAAUAUCCUGGUCUACUGAAUCAACAAAUUCACGUGCGUGCUCAAUGACAGCUUGAGCAUAAAUCCUUUUGUUGAGCUGAGCGACAUUUUGAUAUCCUCAACAAGCGUCCGUGACAAUAGUUUUCCAUGGUAACACAUGAUUAGUCAUAAUGCGCUUGAGUGUUUGUGCAUCUCGACGGCCAACAACCUCCAUCCAACAUCUUCCACUUCCACGCUGAACCAAGCCGACAACCCACUUAUCAACGCGUUACUGUCGACGGUGAUAUUUUCUGUGGAAAAAGUAACUCUCAUCCAUCUCAACGAAAACAGACUGACCGCUUGCAUCAAAGCCCCCGAGCAGAUGAUUGGUUCUCAGCAUCCAUUGACAGCAUUCCUGACGAAGAUAGUUGUUAUAGUUGACGAUAGUGUUCCAGCUAACCACACUCUCGCACAACAUAACAUGUUUACACUUGAAUUUGUAAACACAAUAAUACAUGAUCAUAACUAUUUUUCAGUUGUUGGAUCACAGUUGGCAAAGAAUGACCAGUUCUUACACUACUGCAGGUAUUGCGUGGGUGAAAACGCCCCAAAAAACUGUCAUUGCAUUCCGCAGGAGCGACUAACGCGAUUGGGUGCCUGCAUAUGCCACAAUCAAUAUUGUUUCUUAUCAAGCUAUGUCGGGCCUGCCACUCCAACUAUUCACUCUUGUUUGACACUACAAAAUGCAACUCACACUGAAUUACCUCAAUUCCGCCCAGUUGUGCAGCUGGCAAAAUAAUCAAACCAAUGCUUAUCGGUGUGGCUGGCCUACCUCCCAUACUUUAACAAAUUAUUGAAAUGUAUGCAAACAUUAAUUUCAAAACUUUUGAUUAAGGAAUAAUCAUUGGAAAUAAUUUGGGACCGAACUUUGGAGGAUUGUCAGUAAUUGUUUACUAUUACUAAAUACUAUAUCAUACUAAUAGUAAUACUAAUACUAACAGCAUCACUUAGCAGUGUACAAUCAUGCUGCGUAAGUUUUGGUUGCUCCCUGCCCCUAUUCAGUUUUCGUUAUUUAGUUUGCAAUGCAAUCUAAAUGAACUUUCAAUAAAUUUACGCACUCCACGCCAUGAUGUUUCCCAUGGCCGACAUCUUGUUGCCAUAGCCCAGUCAUGGUUUAUGGCAACCAAGAUGGCUGCCAUUUAAAAAAACACACGUCUGCUAAAAUGGGUGAGGGGAAAGGGAGAGAAUGUGGUAGUUGAACUAUUUACUGAGAGAAACGAAAAUAGGACCAAAAUGUUAAAAUGUAAUGAAAUAAUUUUAGCAGGUACUUAAAUUUCGUUUUGAACAAAGCUACUUUAUAUCUUAUUCAACUUUUUAAAUAGAUUUUAUAUUAAUACAAAUAAUUUCAAUUUAUCCAUGAUUAAGGCAUAGUUUUUGACUUUGUGAAUGCAGUUUUAGAUAAAAGAGGAGAGGAGUACAAAUAUCUUACAAUAUUACAUAUUAACAAGGAUUCAUUUAGAUUUAUUAUUUAUUUGAACAUUCCUUUUAACAAAAUGUUGGAACUCACUAAUAUUUUUUUCAAAGGAUGUAUGAUACAUGGUUUUGAUAAACAAAUAUUAUUAUUGUUAGUUAUGUUUUGGUAUUGAUGAAUAAAAAAUAAAAUAUAUAUAUUAAAAAUAAAUUUGUCUUUUUCAGUUGCUGCACUCUAAUACACUGUAUUGUUUAGAAGUAUCAUCAACGAUAACAUAUUGUUAUUUGUGAUAGUGAACUUUCUAUCGGAGGCCUAGAAAAUGAUGGGAGUAAGUUCAACGUAAAAUAUUUAAGAUUGAUAACUUAUGAUAUAUACAAUAUUUGCCUCAGUGAUUGUGGAAACAAAAAAGCUCUCAGUUGAUAGAUAUUGUUUAAAAAAAAAAAUUUCUUUGUAAAUUGUGCUUUAUGGCCUUCAACUCAAUGGAUAGGAUUUUAAUAAUCUUAAUGAAGGGAAGGGGUUCAAAACUUUGUGAGGAAAAUGGCUCACAUUAGAUGAGGAAAAUUCAUUUCAUUGUACAUAUUUCUAGUCUUGAAAUUUUGAUUUAGUUUUUCAUUUUACGAGUCAAGCUUUUUAAAAAUAUUUUUUGUCAGAACCGUAAUAUGGAACGUUUCAAUAUGAAGUGCAGUUCUCAUCUCACCAACAAGAUUUAGAACAGAAAAUAAAGUGGUUAAAAGGAAAAGCAUCUUCAUUAUUAUGUACUGAGGCUACAGAAUAAAGGGAUUCUGCCUCUAAUUUCUUCAAAGACAUUUUUACAUACAUUUUCGGUGUGGUCAAUGGUUUUUCAGUUACUCAACUAAAAAUAAUUCACGCAGGAAAUGGUACUCAAAUAAUUUAUUACCUUUAUUUUUAUUUAUUUUAAUUGAAUAAAUAUCAUGUCUGACAACAAAAAGGACUAAGCAAAUGUUGGAAAGGUUUUGUAAAAAAAAAAAAAAAAUCUGGAAUGCAAAUUAAAUUAUAACGCUACCAACAUGACAACUGCUUUAUGAUAAUGUUUCAUAUCAUACUGAUACUAUUGGUUUUCCAGUUAUUUGUACUGUAAUUCACGUUAAUGGCAAUUACCCAAGUCAGUAAAAGAUAUGCUUCAAAAGAUUAGAUAACAACAGAUAACAAGUGUCUUCUUUUUAGGCUGAAAUUUUAACAUACAGCAUGUCCUGUAUUUUCCCAUUUAAAAAUAAAUAUUUAUGCUGAGAGAAAUUAUGGAUAAAAUCUAAUAAUAUCCACGUCUUGCAUGUAUUGUGUAAAUAUACUUUGAUGCUCAUGGAGUCAAAUCUUGAAAUAAGAUGAAAGGAACUUCAACAUGGGCAAACAAUAAAAAAAAUCCGUCACAUUUAGCUCGUUUUGAACAUUUUACUUCUCAUUCGAUAAAGCGGUUUAAAAUUAGAAGAUAGAAUACAUUUUAGCAAUACAAAAAUUGCUAGCUUAUGUUUUUCCCGAUAAUCUAGUGUCGAGAGAGUCAUAAGCAUUAUUUUUAAAAUGAUGAAAAAAGAUUAUAUAAUAAUCAUAUAAUAUCAAGAGAACCUAAUAUAACAAAAAAAUAGAUCAUAAUUUCUAUAUAGUAAUAUCAUAUCAUUUCAAUUUAUUAAACAUAAAGUAAUCUUCCAGAAAGAAAUCAUUUGGACCGGAAUGUGACAAUUUGCAUUUUGACCUGGUGAAAACUGUAAUUACCAUCUUGACCUGUUGUUAUUUUUCCAGAUGUAUUUUGACACCAAUGCUACAAUGACUGACAUUCUCUUCCACAAGUGGAAUACAUAUUCAAUUGGAGGUGACGAUAUUUUAAUGAGUGAAUUUAUGCGCAACACAGUCUCACAACACAUACCACUAAGUUAUACUUUAUCUUAUCAAGGUGUUAUUUUUUGAGCAUGUCUAAUCUAGUAGAUUAAAUCUCUUAACAGUGUGAAAAUGUUGACUUCAUCAGUAGGUCAAGUCAAAAAUAACAUUUUAGUGAAUGAACGUUAUCAUUUUGAUUUUGAUUUUAUAUUUUGUUCCAAGAACUGAUAAAACGUUUGACCUUGUAUUUAGUUCAAGUAUCUCAAAAUAAGGCUUCCCGCAUGGGCAUAAUUCAGGGGCUACAACAUACCAAAACACAACAGUGUACCCCAAAACAAUGGAAUUCUCUCCCAUUACACAUCCACAAUAUAACGAUCAUCCUAGCCUUUAAAACUGCCCUCGAUACCCAUCUUUUCAAACUGUACUAUACAGACUCAUUCUCGUCACCCCUCUUUGCAACUGAAAAACAAUGCUCGAUGCUGCUGGGUGCUGUCCAUGGCUAGGCAGGGGUAGAUGGUACUUGGGUGGGUGAGGUCAUGCUAUUUUUACCAAUUGCUGUUUUUAGAUGUAUAAUUUUCUGUAAUUGCUAAUUUUAUUUGAAGCACACUGAGCCCAACCCUAGGCUGGGGUACUGAGCUAUAUAAAACCACCUUUAAUAAUAAUAAUAAUAAAAAUAAUAAUAAACCAACACACAACAUAUUAUACCAACACAACUUCGACACACAACAUAUACCAACAUACAACAUGCCAACACACACCAUUGUUAAAUGUUGUCUCACUUGUGGCACGUACAGGAGGAUUAAGUUUUUAGUUGGCUCCAUGAGGGCUCCCUUCUUGGUACAUUUCUAAACAAAAUGUGAGAAUGAAACUGUGUUGUUUUUUCAUCUGUUCUAUAUUUUAUUCCACAGAUGCCAUCUUAGCUUCAUUCUUGUCAUUGUUGUUCACUGUUCUCUUUGAGGGAUUGAAAACAUUGAAAUCUUUUGUGAUACUGAUGAAGAAAAGAGCACCAUUAAAUGAUGGUCAGCAGAGAAACACCGCGGCAGGGGAAGAUGGACCAAACAGCUCGCAAACUGACCUGCUGAUUUCACUGAGAAUCCCUCUUAGUCAAAACGUUCGUCAUUGGAGGUAUCAGUACUAAUGUCGUAAAGGAUUGAUCUUAUGAACCUUGAAGAAUUAACUCUGUUUACCUUUCCAUUUCCAUAAACAUUUGCACAGAGCUUAUUCUUACUUGUCAACUAUGUCACAAUCUGAGACUUAAUUAAAAACAUUCUAGAAUCUUAAUUUGAAAUUUAAAAUAGUCUAUAAGGUAUUAUUCAGUAAAUGAAUAAAAAUUAUAAAUAAUUAUAUUGUUCAUGUAUAUUUUUAAAAAAAGAUACUAUAUAAAUCUAAAAUCUAGUUUGUUAAUAAAGGAGGGAGGCUCAGCAAUUAAGAACAUCAGCUUUCUUAUAAGAAUAAAUUUGAAGGCCCACGUUGGAAAUUAACCUUUAGUUAUUUAAGGGUUUUAUUUUCUUAAAAAAUAUUUGUCAUUGCAAUCCAUUUGUUGGCCACAUGAAAAUUAUUGUAGUAGUGCUGCAUGCUUUAAAUGCCUUAAUUAAUGUAUGGUACAUUAAAAUUUAAAUCUUGUAUCAAACAUUAAAUCUGUUCAAUCAAUGCGAAGCACCGGGUAUAUAUAUAUAUAUAUAACAUCAGCUAUUUUAUAAAUGAGCAAGUGUUUCUUUUUAGGUGUGUUGCUAUGUAGGUCAAUUGUGUCAAAUUGUGGGACUGAUAAACCAAGUUUCCUGUCUGAGAUAGUCUUUUACUUUGUUUAAUGAUGGAAACAGUUGAAAAACUAGAAAAACACACUGCAGCUGUGUAAAAUUGUGAAUCUGGUGUUAUAUUUUGCACUCCCACCCACUUUCCAUCUGUUCUUUUUUCCUUCAAUUUUAAGGUAUAGGUAGGAUAUAAAUAUAUUAUAUUAUUUUAAAUUAUAAUAAUGGGAUUGGUUUUUUUUUGUUGUAGCGAUGAAGGCAUUUGCAGAAACUUUGGAAUUUGUAUUUUAUCUGACCAUAAUUAAAACUUAACCUAUAUUGUUUUAUUCACACAGAUUGUUUGUGUCUCAUUACUUUAGGCAAAAACUUCAUUGCAGUCAACCCCACUUUUAGUUAAUUAGUUAUAGAUCACAAUAACAACCCCGAGUCUUAAACUAGUGAAAAAAGGGAGAUAAAUCCAACAAAGUGAACUAACUCCAAAAAAAGGGAAUUUGAAUCCAACGAAGGGAACUUAUUAGGAUGAUUUUACUUCUGUUGUUCUCUCUAAACAGGUCAAAUAAUUUACUUUAUGUGUAGGGUUGAUGUUGAAAUUUCCCAAAGAGAUACUCCAGAAAUGAAAGAGACAAAGCUUUCUUUGGUUAAAUGUAUAUUUUGUGCUGCAUUUCAGAAUCAAAUUUCACAUCAUUGAAUCAAGUUUGUUUGUAGUGAGUUUUUUCUGGGGCUACCUGCUGAUGCUGUUGGUGAUGACCUACUCUGUGUGGCUGGUGGUGGCGGUUAUUUUAGGUGAGUCCUGUUGGGUAGUGACCUACUCUGUGUGGCUGCCGGUGGCGGUUAUUUUAGGUGAGUCCUGUUGGGUAGUGACCUACUCUGUGUGGCUGGUGGUGGUGGUGGUUAUUUUAGGUUGAGUCCUGUUGGUAGUAAUCCUACUCUGUGUGGCUGGAGGUGGCGGUUAUUUUUAGGUCCUGGUCUUUAAAAACACAAAUAAGUUUGAUCUUAUACUUACCGUAACCAUAAAGUAAAAGAGAAUCUGAAAAUUAAAGACUUUACAUUGAAGAUGAGAACAACAUUAUAUUUCAUCAAUGAUAUCUUUAAACACUCUUAUCCUGAUCUAUUUAAACCAUGGAUCCCAUCUCUAGAGUCUGGAUUGCCUUGAAAUGUUUACUGUCCAAUCUGACUUAAACUAAUUUACUCAGCACGGAUUUUGUUGAUGAGCUCUGCCCAAUGCUAAAUUCUGUUUGCAUUCUUGUAUGCAGGGAAAUGUCAGCAGUUUCCUAUCAGCAAAAUCAUUAUAGGAAAAACAGAAAUUUACUUCUAUAUUCUGUAUGCUGCUGCUUUGACCGCUUCAGUAAAAUACAUUACAGCAAGGGUCACCAAACAAUUUUUUUUACCGCAGGCCAGAUAAAUGACAAAAGGACAACCCGGGUCACAUUAUAAUUAUGUACAUUUCGGCCACGCCCCCUUUCUAAAGGCAGAAGAUGCCGAUACUAAGAUUAUUUAAUUAUGACCACUAUUUGCAUCAAAAUGUUUGAUAAUUUGUGUUUUAGAAUGAACUUAAAAGUAAUUUAAACAAGGAUAUUUAAAUUUGAGGUUUAAAAACCCGGUAGAGUCAUGAUGUACAUGGUUAACUUACAUUAUUUAUACCGGGUAGCCAUAGGUUAGGGUUAAUGUUAAACUAGAUGCUCUAAAAGGUUUUAUAUAGGGGGCAUUUUGAGUGGUAAAAUUGAUACAAUUUUGUUUUUCAUAUAUGAAGACAAAGAGCCAGCAUCUCAUACUAGCUGAGCCAGCAUUUCAUAAUAGCUGAGCCAGCAUCUCAUAAUUGCUGAGCUGCUUUUUGCCAAUCAGACUGUUGAUUAAUCAUGGAGAUUAUUGUUCAAGAAUAAAAUGAAACAUUUAGGAUUAUGUCGCAAAACAAUACCUGUAAUCUUAAAGAAUAUUUAAAAAGAAGUUAUUGCCUGUACUUUACAGAAACUUAAGCCUCAUGUUUGACAACACAUACUGCUGUCACUUCAGGUAUAGUUUUCAACUCUGGGAUGCCUUCUUAACUUGACGAGCGUUUCUGUCAUAAAUCUUUUCUUUUGCUUUUUAACUAAAUUGUCCUGCCUCUUGCUCGUAAUUUGUGUGUACAAUUGUGCUCACGUACCUGCGAUUUCCCCCGAGACAAAAAGAGGACACUAACAUUUGUCUCACACAUUCCUCUCUUUAGGUUCUGGCCUGGGGUACUUCAUCUUCAAUCCCAUCAGCCAGCACCUCGCCUGGAAGUACUCGGCCGUCAAACCAAAGGUCAAACCUCCAUGUUGCAGUGGUGAUCUGCCAGAGACAAGUGGCUUGCACACACAGGAACCCUAUGGAGGUAACAGCUGCUUUAUUCUCACUAUAUUUUCUAAAUAAAAUUGUUGAUUUUGAAUUUAUAUACUUUUUUGAUUUCCAUAAAACAAAGACAUGCACUUUUCAAACUUCCAUCAUUUAAUACACUUUUAAAAAUAUCAACGCCAUCUUUACUUGUUUGACAGUGCUUUGGAAUACAAAUUUCAACGGAAUGAAACCUCAGAUUCCAUUACAUGUUGAUUCUUUGUUUCCAUGACUGUUACUUUCUGAAUUUCUGUUUGCCUAAAAUUGAUAAUUGCCCUUUGUUUACAUAGAUCCUUUUAGGAUCCUCUAGGAUGAUUUCAGAGUGAAUACUUUAGUAAGAUUUUUUGUUGACUGUUUCUUGGGGUAUAUGUUUUUUUUUUCCUUGCAUUUCAUCCAUAUUAUUUAUUAACUUAUUUUGACUGUAGACUAAGACCUCUUUAGUUCAACUCGUAAAAAAUUAGAUCUAGUCUUGCUGUGGAGGUAUAAUUUUAAUAUUCAAGUAAUAAAGAUUUUGGGCUGACAGUCUGUUGUGUCUACAAAUAUUAAACUUUGCACAGCAACACAUUUGUUAAAUUUGUUCUGCACUAGAAUAAAAUUUUUAUUUAUUCUAAAGGAGAAGAUUUGUUUUAAAAAAAAUCUUUCUAUUUUUACAAAAUAACGGACGAUAAAAGAAAAGUGAUAAAUUGUAAAUAGCUGCGAUGAUGAAAGUGUCAUGUUUUAAAUUGCAAAAUUUUAUCAGAAUUUCACAGUGCUCCUAUUAGUGUAACUAUGCCGGCACACUUUGAACUAACCCGUGUACAAUGGACCACAGCACAGACUUAUUUCAGUUUAUAAUUUAACAGAAAAACAUACACAAUGUAGCAUUUAUUUACCUGACAGAUUAGGCUAAGAAAAAUUUAAAUAACAAACUAUAAAACUCUUGUGAAAUACAUUGUUUCAGAAAUUUAUUUAAACUAAAUAAGACAAGGCCCUAGCCUGAUGAUAGUUAGAAAGAUGUGUCCAUGAAAUAAAUGAUUGCUGAUAUUUUAAACUGGUUGUUAGUAGAGGCAACUGGGUCAAUGAAUUUCUGUACAUGCCUGAUUUAUUUUUGUGUGACUGUUGAAAGUGAUAUGCAUUAAUUUUCAGUUGCAUGUUUCAAAAUCUUCCACGUAUCAGUUACCGUGAGCCCUGGGACCACAAAUCAGUUACCUUGAGCCCUGGGACCACAAAUCAGUUACCUUGAGCCCUGGGACCACAUAUCAGUUACCGUGAGCCCUGGGGUCCUUGAUUUAUAGCACUUUCACAAAUUUUUAGACAAGAUAAGCUUAAUAAGAGAAACACCUGAAGCUCUCCAGUUUGAAGUAACAGUAAACUCUCUAAACGAAUUUGAAAUAAAAAAAAAGGUUACAAACUACAUUGCAAGUCAUCAUGAGCAACAAAAAUCUUAAAAGCAGUUGGGGGAAACUUUACACAAGCAGGCAAGGGAAAUAUUUUUUGGUUGUCAGAUGUUUUUUGUGUGGCUUAAGGCCCUUUCCAAGGUUCUUGUACAGUUAAACAACAUUUUUUAAAUCGAACGCAUCCUCCAUUAACUGAAUGUUUUAUGUUACACCCCCUGACAGCAGAGUGACACAAUACAUGCUCUUUUGUUGUUUACUUUACUGAUGUGUGUUCAAUUUUAUUUUCAACGUGUUCUAGUUCAUUUUUACCUACAUUUAAUUUUUUUAAGAAUUAGAAAUUGCUGUUUUCAUGUCAAUUACUCUGUGUGAGUGUAAAAAAAAUUGUGCUAUCACUAUCAUAACCAACUUUUGAUUUCAGUACAUCAAGUGCUUUUAUAUUUAGACCAAUAAGCAAUAUCUUAGCUUAAAAAAAAAUAAAUAAAAAUUGAGUAAAAAAGAUUGUGUAUUAUCAAUCUGUAAUAUAUUAAAACAAAUAUUUAUUGAUAUCUCUUAUAUUAAAAUUAAAAGAAAUAUUGGUGUUUAAUAAUUUAAAGACUUACAAAUGUGAAAAAAUUUAUUUGCAUUAAUAAUUUUGUUCAGUAGGUAACAAAAAAAACCCAAAAAUAAAAAAAAAACAUUUUUUUUUAAAAAAUGAAGAGGUUUGCAAUAAAAACUUUUUUGCGAAAGUACAUAUUAACUACUUCAUUUGAAUAGAUAAAAGCUUUGUUGUGAAUGUAACAAUUAAAUACCAGUUGGAAAACAACAAGAAAAAACUCCAAAUGCAAGUACUUAUCAUCAUAAUCUCAUCUGCACAACAGUAAAUAGAUUUUUUAAAUUUCCAGAACGCUCCAGUCUUUUGGAGGUUAGAAGGAACUACAACGCAAUCUCAAGCAGUAACCAAGGUGUCUAGGUUCCGUUGUGGAAACUGUCUGCAUGAAGUAUGCCAUCGUUAACCUUAAGUUAUCAGUCACUAACAAGUAUUCUAUCCCAGGCUUUGUUGCAUUGCUCGUUAUAUAAAAAAUAAUUUGCCCAUUUGUGUACGUCAGUCUUGAGAUUUCCAUUUAUAUUUCCAAUGUUUCAUUGCAUUCCAUGCUUUUUUUAUAAAAAAAAAUAAUGCUUUGUGAUGCAAUUUGUAAACUGCUAGGUUGCUGAUGUGUAACAGCAGUUUUCCUGUCCAAUUUUAUUGCAGCUUGCCACAUCAGCCAUGUGCGCAUUACAUUAUUUUUUACUAAUCCUAAGAAGCUGCAAGGAAUCCAAUAAAUUAGGGAUAAAAAUAAUGAAGUUUGGCUAGGAUUUAAAAAAAAAAUCUUUUUUUUUAUAUAUACCUGUGAGGAGAAUUGAAUCAAAUAUUAUUUCUCCAAUCCCUUAAUGGCAUUAGCCUCAUUGGUAAUGUUUAGACAUUGUUUAAAUAAUUGCUCUAAUGGUCUGAGGUGCAUUUUAUCUCACUAAGUCAGUGGCUGGCAAAUGAACAGGUUAAAAGCCUGCUAACACUUGUAUUGCUAUCCAUGAGGGCUUCACGGAAGCAAGAGAAACCGAUUUAAAAAGAAUUUUUUAAAUUAGCC